AUGAUAAUGAUAUUGAUGAUGUCUAGUUUACAACAAUAUUUGGAAGACUAUGGAGAAAAAGACUAUUGGGAUGAAAGAUAUGUAAAGGAUAUUGUAAAGAGACCACAUUUUGAUUGGUACCAUGGAUACAAGACACUUAAACCAUUCCUCCAAAAAUUCUUUAAACGACAAGACAAGAUUAUGAUGUUGGGUUGUGGUAAUAGUGCACUUGGUGAAGACAUGAAUCUUGACCAUUACUUAGAUAUAGUUAAUAUAGAUUUUUCAAGUGUAAUAAUACAAGAUAUGAUUGAAAGAACUAAAGGAAGAGUUGGUCUUGAAUAUUUAACAAUGGAUGGAAGAAAUAUGGAAUUUCCAAAUGAAUAUUUUGAUUCAAUAUUUGAUAAAGGUACAAUUGAUGCUGUUAUGUGUAGUGAUAGUGAUAAUCAAAAUGCUGUUAAAAUGGUGGCAGAGGUGGCAAGAGUACUUAAACCAGGUGGUUAUUUUGUUGUGAUGACAUAUGGUGCACCAGAGGGUAGAAUGCCACUCUUUCAAGUUGCCGAUUACAAUUGGUCCAUUGAAAUGCGUAUGUUGGGUACUCAUGAAAACGCUCAAAUGAAUGAAUGUCAUUAUGCAUACAUUUUAAAGAAAAAUAAUAUUAUUAUCGAAAAUGGAGAUGCUGCAUCAUCAACCGACGACAAUGAUACCGAUACCAAUCAAGAAGAAGAAUUUAAAGUUUAUUUAAAUAGUUCAAUUGGAAAAGUACCUCUUGAAAUUAUACCAAUUGUUAAAUAA